CCUGACGUCAGUGUCAAUUCUAAUGUCAUUGUCACAUUUUGAUUUAUUUAUUUUGAAUUCUGAUUACUGAUACUGAUAGCAUUAGGAGUACGAAACUUUUAAAUUAUAGUGAUAGUGAUAAGUGAACUCAUUAUUUUCUGAAGUACAAGUAAAAAUAUUUGAGAAGACCUAAUUAUGAAAGUAUUUAUUACAUCUUGUUUCUUGACUUUAAUAUAUUUUAUGAACAUAACAAUUGUGGGGUCUUUAAAAUCAAACGAUAUUAGAAAUCAUUUAGGCUCUCGCACUCCUUACAGGUUUAGAUCAAAUAAAAAUGAUUCAAGAAUUAAAUUUCCAAAUUGCAAAGACAAUAAAAUAUGGAUGGUGAUUCGACAUGGGACGAGGUUACCUAGUAAGAAAGACAUAGUAGCCGGUAGCAAUCUUUUGGAUUUGAAAUAUGAAAUAUUAUUGCAACAUGAAAAUGGAAAAGGUCCACUAAGUAAAGAGCAAUUAAGAAGGCUGGAAGAUUGGAAACAGGAGCAUGAUGUUGAACAAGAAAGUUACUUAACCUUAGAAGGUCAAGAUGAGAUGAUACUCCUUGCUGAGAGGAUGCAGAAGCGGUUCCCUAAUGCUAUCAGAGAAAGAUAUGACAACAAGACAUUUCUUUUUCGCUACACAGCUACCCAGAGAACUCAGCAAAGCGCAAGAUUUUUCACCAAUGGCUUGUUUGAAAAGAAAAAUGCACAAGACAUUAUAUUUGCACCAGCAACAAAGGUUGACAUAGUAUUGAGGUUUUACAAACACUGUGACAGGUGGCAAAAACAAGUUAAGAAAAACCCUGAUACAUACACGGAGCAAAGGUUAUACGGUCACAGUCCAGAAAUGAACAAGACGUUGGAGUCUGUGUCUAAAAGGCUGGGCCUAAAUAGAGUACUGAAUUUGGGUGAAGUGGACACCAUGUAUAAGUUUUGUGGAUACGAAACGUCGUGGGAUAAAUAUUACAUAUCACCUUGGUGCUAUGGAUUUGAUGAAGAAACCAUGAAGGUGUUCGAAUACUACCACGACAUAAAAACGUAUUGGGUGGAUGGCUAUGGAUACGACUUGUCGUACCGGCAAGCUUGUCUAUCGAUCAAGAAUAUGUUCGAAAAUUUCAGUGACGAAAACGGUCCUCAAGCGACGUUCCUGUUCACUCACUCGGGCACUGUUCUCAAGUUACUCACACACAUGGAGCUGUACCGGCCGCAAGCGCCGCUCACCGGCUCCUACAGAGACGACGACAGACAGUGGAAGGUCUCACAAAUCGACUGCUUCGCAUCGAACUUGGCUUUUGUGUUGUACAAGUGCAAGACUGGCGAUCAUGUACUGACCCUACACCAAGAGAAAAUAAUAAAGCUGCCGAUGUGUAAGCACGAGCUAUGCCCACUAGACCACCUAAAAAAAUACUUCAAGAACUCCAUAUACAAUUGUAAUUACGACGAUAUGUGUGGACUUGAAAAGAAAUCGAACGCUACUGAAAAGACUCCUGUUUGAAUACCAAGCUUUAAACUGCGCAUGCGUGAAGACUGUCAAAUGUAAAUGUCAUUGUCAAUUGUCGCUGGUCGUUAGUUAAGAAAGUAUGGAAUGGACUGAGCGUGUAUGAUUUAACUGUAAAGUAUGUAGAAAUGGGCGAGAGAGACGAAGAGAACUACAGCUAGUAGUUGUUUUAUUCCAAAAUUUUGAGAUCGUUUUUAGCAUUCAAUAACAGAUAGAAAGAUAUAAUUUCCAUACAAUCACUUAUUUUGUACUUAAAGAACUCAAUUUUUGCUCAGUCCACUCUGUCUAUGGUUAGAGCAAAUGUUAAGUUUUUAAAUGAAAAGUAUUUUUUUCGAUGCUUUGACCCCUAGCAUUUUGCUCAAGGUAUUAGAGUACCUACUUUAUGUAGGCGGUUGCAUAGCGGCACUAUUGAUACAUGAUAAUGUAUCAGUCGUAAGUGUUGCUCUCAGUACAAAUUUGUAAUUUAUUCAAUUGUACCAGUGAUAUUUUGUAUAGUUAAGGAAGUAAUGAAGUUGAUAAAAUAACUAAGAAAAAAAUCGAUAAAGUCAAAAGAAAAAAAAACAGACUUGGACUUUCGAACCUAGCUUAUUUUAGCAUUUUUAAUCGUCGGGCGAUUUUGCACUGGCUGUGUCGUAAAUACAUAUAACAUGCUAGACGUAACCAUGGCAACGGUAAAACGCUUUAUAGCCAUAUAAAUAUUUAUGUAAAACGAUAUAAAAGUUGUUAUAGCUGCUUGACAUUGUUGUAUUUAAUAAUUUUCGAAUGGAUUUCAUGUUUACACUGUUAUAAUAUCGAAUUAGGUACAAAAUACAUUGUUGAUCACAUUAAACGCUUAAAACGCUUA